AUGUCUUAUGAAGUGGGUACCCGUUGUUGGUUGCCAGACACCGAGAAAGGUUGGAUAGGUUGUGAGAUUACUAAUAUUAAAAAUACAAAUGAUACAAAAGCACCUUAUAUAAUCGAAUGUACAUGUGAAGAUGGUACAAUAAUACCUAUCGAAUCAAGUACUUUGGAUAUAUCAACAGACAUAUUGGAUGAUGAUGAAGCAAACAAAAAUUUGCCACUUUUAAGAAACCCUCCCAUUUUAGAAUCCACUGAUGACUUAACUUCCUUAUCUUAUUUAAAUGAACCUGCUGUUUUGAACGCCAUUAAACAAAGAUAUUCUCAGUUGAAUAUUUACACAUACUCAGGUAUAGUUCUUAUUGCCACAAACCCCUUUGAUAGAAUGGAUCAAUUAUAUUCUCAAGAUAUGAUCCAAGCUUAUGCUGGCAAACGUAGAGGAGAAAUGGAGCCUCAUUUGUUUGCCAUUGCUGAAGAAGCCUAUAGCCUUAUGAAAAACGAUAAAAAAAAUCAAACUAUCGUCGUUUCUGGUGAAUCUGGUGCUGGUAAGACCGUCUCUGCUAAAUAUAUUAUGAGAUAUUUUGCCUCUGUCGAAGAAGAAUUUUAUUCUCAAACUGAUGAUCAUCAACGUCAAGUGGAAAUGUCUGAAACUGAAGAGAAAAUUCUGGCAACAAACCCAAUUAUGGAAUCCUUUGGUAAUGCAAAGACCACUAGAAAUGACAACUCAUCAAGAUUCGGUAAAUAUUUGGAGAUCUUAUUCGACGAUCAUACCGCUAUUAUUGGUGCAAAGAUGAGAACAUAUUUAUUAGAAAGAUCAAGACUGGUGUACCAACCUGCAAUUGAAAGAAACUAUCAUAUUUUUUACCAAAUCUUAAAGGGUCUUCCACAAGACAUGAAGGACCAAUUAUAUUUAAAGGAUGCCAAGGAUUAUUUUUAUACAAAUCAAGGUGGUGACAAUGAAAUUAAUGGUGUCGAUGACGCCAAGGAAUUUAAAAUUACUACUGAUGCAUUAACUUUAGUUGGUAUCGAUCAAGAAACUCAAAACCAAUUGUUUAAAAUAUUGGCAUCUCUUUUACAUAUCGGUAAUAUAGAAUUGAAAAAAACUAAAAAUGAUGCUUCUUUAUCUUCUGAUGAACCAAAUUUAAAAAUUGCAUGUGAAUUGUUAGGUAUCGAUCCUUCAAAUUUUGCAAAAUGGAUUACCAAAAAACAAAUCAUUACAAGAUCUGAAAAAAUCGUCUCUAAUUUAAAUUAUUCUCAAGCAAUUGUUUCAAGAGAUUCUGUUGCUAAAUUCAUUUAUUCUGGUCUUUUCGAUUGGUUAGUUGAUAACAUCAAUACAGUUCUUUGUAACCCUGAUGUAGAAGAUAAAAUCGCCACUUUUAUUGGUGUUUUAGAUAUAUACGGGUUUGAACAUUUUGAUAAAAAUUCUUUUGAACAAUUCUGUAUUAAUUAUGCAAAUGAAAAAUUACAACAAGAAUUUAACCAACAUGUAUUUAAAUUAGAACAAGAAGAAUAUAUUAAUGAACAAAUUGAAUGGUCCUUUAUCGAAUUUAAUGACAACCAGCCUUGUAUUGAUUUAAUCGAAAACAAAUUAGGUAUCCUUUCUUUAUUAGAUGAAGAAAGUAGAUUACCUGCAGGUUCUGAUGAAUCUUGGACUCAAAAAUUAUACCAAACUUUAGAUAAACCACCAACUAAUAAAGUUUUCAAAAAACCAAGAUUUGGUCAAACAAAAUUCGUUGUAAGCCAUUACGCUAUCGAUGUCGCUUAUGAUACUGAAGGUUUCAUCGAAAAGAAUAGAGAUACCGUUUCUGAUGGCCAUUUAGAAGUAUUAAGAGCCUCCACAAAUCAAACUUUAUUAAACAUCCUAAAUACAAUGGAUAGAAAGAAUAAUGAAGAUGAUACUUCCAAAAGUAAAACUGAUGAUUUUAAGGGCAAAAAACUAGUUGGUAGAGCAGCUGCUAAGAAACCUACUUUAGGUUCCAUGUUUAAAAAAUCUUUAGUUGAAUUAAUGACUACAAUUAAUUCUACAAAUGUUCAUUACAUUCGUUGUAUUAAACCAAAUAAUGAAAAAGAACCUUGGAAAUUUGAUAAUUUAAUGGUUUUAUCUCAAUUGAGAGCAUGUGGUGUUCUUGAAACUAUUAGAAUCUCUUGUGCAGGGUUCCCCACAAGAUGGACGUUUAAUGAAUUCGUAUUGAGAUAUUACUUCCUUUUAUCUUCUGAUAAAUGGAUUCAUAUUUUCCAAAAUCAAGAUACCACUGAAACAGAUAUCAUUGACUUGUGUAAAAAAAUUCUACAUGAAACUGUUAAGGAUUCUCAAAAGUAUCAGAUUGGUAAUACUAAAAUCUUCUUCAAAGCUGGUAUGUUAGCUUAUUUGGAAAAAUUAAGAUCCGAUAAAAUGCAUCAAUCAUCUGUAUUGAUUCAAAAGAAUAUUAGAGCUAAACAUUACAGAAAGAAAUAUUUAGCAACCAUAACUUCUAUAAAACUUCUUCAAAGUGCUGUUAAUGGUGUUGUUGUUAGAAAGAGAGUUGACCACAAAUUAAAAACAAGAGCUGCCACGACAAUCCAAUCAUUAUAUAGAGGGUUUGCUGCUCGUAAACAAUUCAAUUCAAUUAUUACAAGCGUUAUUCGUAUUCAAUCAAAGGUUAGACAAAAAUUGGCCCAACAAGAAGUUCACGCAAAGCGUCAAAAUAUUGCUGCUGUGAAUAUUCAAAAGAGAAUUAGAUCUUUCAAACCAAGAUCUAACUUUAUCAAUAUGAGAAGAUCAACUGUUGUUGUUCAAUCAUUAAUUAGAAGAAAGUUUGCCAAACAAAAAUUAUCUAAAUUGAAAUCUGAAGCUAAAUCUUUGAAUCAUCUACAAGAGGUUAGUUAUAAAUUAGAAAACAAGGUUGUUGAAUUAACUCAAAAUCUUGCCUCAAGAGUUAAAGAAAAUAAAGACUUAACUAUUCGUAUUAAAGAUCUACAAAAAUCAUUGAAUGAUACAACUCUACUAAAAGAACAAUUAGAUAACGCUAAAAUCCAACGUGAAGAAGCUUUAUUGAAACAAAAAGAUGAAAAUGAUGUAGAAUUGAAGGAAAUUGAAGAUAAAUUGGCUCUAGCUAAACAAGAAAUUGAAAACAAGAAGCAAGAAAUUGAAGAAAUUAAGAUUAAGCAUGAUGAAUUAAAACAAGAAUCGAUCAAACAACUAGCAGAAUUGAAUGAAGCUAGACAACAAUUAGCUGAUUCUAGAACAGAAAAUAACGAUUUACAAAAUGAAGUUCUUUCACUAAAAGAAGAAAUCACUCGUUUACAAGCUUCUAUGACCACAGCCACACUAUCUGCUGCUGCCUUGGCUCAUACCCCAAGCAGAGGAAGCAAUUCUAAUAAUGGAUCUAACUUAUUCCCAAUGAAUUCUCCAAGAUCUCCAAAUAAGAUAGAAACUCCACAAACUCCAUUGAACGAUUCAAUCUCCAAGAAUGUAGAAAAUAACGAUAUUGAUGAUGCUAUGUCAACGAAGAGUACGUUAUCAGAAAUUGAUGAUGAAAUAUAUAAAAUGCUACAAGAAACUGCCACUUUAAAUGCCGAAAUUACUAACGGUUUAUUAAAAGGCUACAAAGUUCCACACCUUGGUGUUGCCACUAAUAUUACUAACAAAGAGAUUUUAUACCCAUCUAGAAUCAUUAUCAUUGUCUUAAGUGAUAUGUGGAGAUUAGGUUUAACUCAACAAAGUGAAGUAUUCUUAGCAGAGGUUCUACAAACAAUUCAAAGUAUUGUAUUUACCUUAAAAGGUGGUGAUAUUAUUGCAGGUGGUGCCUUUUGGUUGACAAACGUUCAUGAAUUAUAUUCAUUUGUUGUUUUUGCUUUGCAAUCCAUUGAUAACGAUGAUGCUUAUAAGAAUGGUCUAGAUCAAGGUGAGAUCAAAGAAUAUUUGAAUUUAGUUACUGAACUAAAGGAUGAUUUUGAAUCUUUAAGCUACAACGUUUAUAAUUUGUGGAUGAAGAAAUUAGAAAAAGAAUUGCAAAAAAUGGUUAUCCAAGCAGUUAUAUUAUCAGAAGCAUUACCAGGUUUCCAAGAAAAGAGUAACAGUUUAUUACCAAAGAUUUUUGGUUCUACACCAACCUAUAAGAUGGAUAACAUUUUAAAUUUCUUAAACAAUAUUUAUUGGAGUAUGAAAUCAUUCAAGAUAGAAAAUGAAGUUUUCCGUCAAAUCAUUGUAACAUUAUUAAAUUUCAUUGAUUCAACUUGUUUUAAUGAUUUGAUUAUGAGACGUAACUUUUUGUCAUGGAAGCGUGGUAUUCAAUUAAAUUAUAAUAUUACAAGAUUAGAAGAAUGGUGUAAAGCUCAUCAUAUUGCUGAUGGUGCUGAUCAUUUGAAACACUUGAUUCAAACAGCCAAACUAUUGCAAUUGAGAAAACAAACAGUAGACGAUAUUCUAAUUUUAAGGGAAAUUUGUAAUGCUUUAACCCCAAUGCAAUUGCAAAAACUAAUGUCCUUGUAUAGUAUUGCUGAUUAUGAAGAACCAAUUCCUACAGAUAUCAUGAAUUAUGUCGCAGAUUUCGUAAAGAAUGAAACAGCUCAUUCAUCUACAGGUAAAUCCAAGAUUCAUAGUGAUGAAAUUUUAUUGCAUAUUCCAAAUGGUCCAUUUGAAGAUCCAUUUAGAAAGACAGGUACUAGGGAGUUUGGUAGAAUUGAAGCAUAUAUUCCAUCAUGGUUAGAUUUGCCAUUAACUCAAAGAAUUGUCAGCUUGGUUACCAAAUACGUUUCCAUUCAAGAUUCCUCAAACAAUAGAGCUUAA